AUGCGGGUUCCUCUGCUGAACGCCAUCGGCAAGCCGAAAGCUUCCGAGGUGCUGACGAGUUAUUUAAAACAAUGCAACGAGCCAUCUUGGACGUCCUUCUUCAUAUGGCAAAACGACGUGCUAAAUGAUCAGUUCGGUAGAUCGCACUUCAACUGGACCCUCGAUACCGGUACCAACUAUCACAUCCUGCGAACCGGAUGUUUUCCCUACAUAAAGUACCACUGCACCAAGCGCCCCAUCCAGGAUCUGCGCAUCGAGGAUUACUUUUUUCGCUGCAUCAAGGUAGCAAAUCUGGGUUUAGCGCAGCUCUGUUACGGGCUGGCAGCCGUAUUUCUCAUCCGCCACGUGCAGCAUGUCGAUAUGGGUAGCUACGGACGAGUGCCUCUUUACUUUCUCUACGAGGAAGACACAGGAUCACGGUACUGA